AUCCUUCCAUGUUUUAUAAAAAAAUUCCUGCAUUUCUAGCACUUCGUGGCCAGCAAGGUUCAUCACACCCACAACAGAUAGCAAACUUGCAUUCUCGUUCUUGACAAACUGGACAUCACCAACACCUAUCACUCUCAUCAGCCAACCAUAUACAUGACAAGUCUCCAAUCUAUUCCACUUAGCUAGCUUAACGAAGACACCACCCUGUUCCCACACUCUAACACAAAGAGAUAAACCCGAGAGUCCCUUUCCCAUCAACACCUUUUGCAUUCUCCAAUGUUCGCAUGUGACCCUUGAUUAUUAUGGUCAAGUUGUGGCCUGGUUUCAGUCAACUCCUUUCUUUUGAACUUAAAUUUCCAUGUCUUUAGCAUUUUACUCACGAUCUUCUGCUGAUUAUCUCUUCUUCCUCUUAAACACAUUUGAUCAAACAGCUGGUGUGCAACUAAAUCAAUAGCCCCCACUGACUUUUGAGCCAACUUCUCCACCGAAUCCAUAUCUAAAAUGUAUGCUUGUUCAACCUUUGGAGCACUCCAAACACCAACAUCGUAUGAAUCAUUGACUAGAAGCUGUGAGCUACUGUUCUUGAGCAAAGCAGAAUGCAAUUCAUCAACCCUAUGGCUUGGUUCCGUAAGAGAGUUUAAUACUUGAAUCGAAUCUUUUUGUGGAAUGAGAUGAUUCUCUCUUACUUCUGUUUCACUAAAUGGUUUUAGAAGGAUUUAAGGGUUUCGAGAAAUGGAUAGAUAGAACGCCAUUGUUCAAUCAUCAGAGGAGGGAAAGAAAAAAGAUCGCCAGCUGUCAUUAAGGACCAUCUCAAAAAACUUCUUAAUUAAAGACAAAUGACUUCCGUUUCUUUAUAAUUUCUGCAUUUUUCAUUUAUUUCUCAACCCAAUAUAGCUUAGGACUCUGUCUAAGGACACCGAUAAAGAUGGUCUAAGAACUUGAGGAAGAAACUGUACAACCUGAACGAAACAGAGCAGUUUGACUCCUCUGCAUAAGCGGGCUUUAAUCACAGGCCUAACUAAAAAGGCCCAUUAACAGCAGGAAGGGCUUGAGAGAUGAAUGCCGGUUCCUCCGUGGACGAGAAGACACAUGUCAGGCAGGUGGAGAGAUGGCGGCUGAUCAUUGGAUCCACGUCAUCAAACUCGCCAGCCUGACCUUUUCCUCUUCCAAGAAACAUCCAACGCCUUCUUUUUCCUACGUUAAGUAAAAGCGAACAAACACCUUUUAACAGAUUCAAAAGAGGCAGCUUCCAGCUUCAGAUUCUGGAAUCCGAACGUUAACAAAAGGGUUUUCGAUUUCGAAACGAGAAGAAAGGGUUUAGGAGUUUGAUGAAAUGGCCUUGUUCCGCAAAUUGUUCUACCGCAAACCUCCGGAUGGUUUGCUCGAGAUAUGCGACAGAGUUUUCGUGUUCGACUGCUGCUUCUCCGACGACUCUUGGGAAGAAGACAACUACAAAACUUACAUGUCCGGAGUAGUCAAUCAGCUACAGGAGCAUUUCCCCGAGGCAUCCUCUCUUGUGUUUAACUUCCGUGAAGUGGGUACUCGGAGUGUGAUGGCUGAUGUCUUAUCAGAACACGGCUUGACCAUUAUGGACUAUCCUCGCCACUACGAAGGCUGCUCGUUGCUGCCUGUGGAAGUCAUGCACCAUUUUCUCCGGUCAAGUGAAAGCUGGCUCUCCCUCGGCCCAAACAACUUGUUGUUAAUGCAUUGCGAGCGAGGGGCUUGGCCGGUUCUAGCUUUCAUGUUAGCUGCACUUCUUAUUUACCGGAAGCAGUACAGUGGUGAGUACAAGACCUUGGACAUGAUCUGCAAGCAGGCUCCGCGUGAGCUUAUGCAUUUGUUCUCGCCGUUGAACCCGAUUCCUUCUCAGCUUCGGUAUCUGCAGUAUGUGUCGAGAAGGAAUGUGGUCUCUGAAUGGCCUCCAUUGGAUAGGGCUCUUACCAUGGAUUGUGUUAUUUUGAGAUGUGUUCCUGAUGUUAGUGGGCAAGGAGGGUGUCGCCCAAUCUUUAGAGUAUAUGGUCAGGAUCCUUUUUUUGUUGAUGAUAAAAAGCCCAAGCUUCUGUACUCAACUCCAAAGAAAGGGAAACACCUUAGGAUCUACAAGCAGGCAGAAUGUGAACUAGUCAAGAUUGACAUCAACUGUCAUGUGCAAGGUGAUAUAGUGAUUGAAUGCCUCAGUUUGAACGAUGACAUGGAGAGAGAGGUAAUGAUGUUUCGAGCGGUUUUCAACACAGCUUUUAUCAGAUCAAAUAUUUUGAUGCUCAACCGUGAUGAGGUUGACACAUUAUGGGAUAUAAAAGAACAGUUUCCAAAGGGGUUCAGAGUUGAGCUUCUCUUCUCGGAUAUGGAUGCUGCCUCGUCUGUUGAUUCGAUGAGCUUUUCAUGUUUGGAAGAGAAAGAUGGUCUUCCAAUAGAAGUUUUUUCCAAAGUUCAUGAUUUCUUCAAUCAAGUUGACUGGGAUGAUCAGACGGAUGCCACUCGUAAUAUACUUCAGCAUUUAGCUAUUGCAAAUGCUGCCCAGGAUAGACCAGAUGGGAAUUCAAGUCCAAGACCACAAGGGCUUAGCCCCAAAAGUAUCCAUGAUAUAGUGAAACAGGCAGCAAUUGAGAAUAAUGCAAAACUAAAAUUGUCUUCAAUGUCCGAGGUUGAAACGGUCGACACGCCUGAAAAGCGAGCUUCCGGUCCAGUCAAGAAGCUUAUAGCAGAAGAUAUGCAUUCUGUCCUUCAGAUAAGUAGCCAGGCAAACACCACCAGUCAUGAGUCCCCUUCUCUCAAGCUUGUGCAUCAUUCUGCAACAGUUAAACCUUUUGUGGACGGUUCUGACUUUUCUGAAAAUCCUGAGGAGAAAAUCCUGAGGGCUCCUGGGGAAAACAGGAGCAUACUGUCACCACCUCACCCUGAAAGAACGUCGUUGGCUCCAACAGGAGCACUUCCCCAACCUCCUCCAUUUCCAAUUGUUGCUUCUCAACCUUCAGAGAAAUGUCAGCAUUCUAUUGUCCAACCGGCAGAGACACUUUCACAGAGAAAUGCAUGGGUGUCAUUAGCUGGCUCUACAUUUCAUCAAACAACUCCAAACGCAGAGCAUCCUAUGACACUGCCUUCAACAUCUCUUCCCCUUUCUCCUGCGUCCGAUGUUAAUACUCAGGAGUCUUCUAAAAUAACGAAAUCAUCUUCAGUUAUGCCAUCUCCUACAUUAUCAGCUACUCCAGCCAAAGAAUCCCAAACUGAGACAUCAGGUUCUUUCUGUCCUCCUGCUUCACCUCCGGUAGGAGCUCCCAAUGAUGUGGCUCCAGUGUCUAAAUCAGACAAAACACCUGUGAUAUCUCGACCACCACCUCCUCCCCCUCCUCCGAUGCAGCAUUCAGACCAGAACACAGUCGCUAGAGUUUCCUCUCCUAUACCACCCCCAGCGCUAGCUACAGCUGCCUCCCCUCGCCCUCGCCCUCCCCCUCCCCCAGCUCCUCCAACACCUCCACCGCUUCCUACCUCUUCUGCUCCUCCUCCCCCACCUCCUCCAACACCUCCACGGCUUCCUACCUCUUCUGCCCCUCCUCCCCCUCCCCCUCCAAACGCACCACCUCCACCACCAAUAGGUCAGAUGAAGGCACCGUCAGCACCACCUCCACCACCACCGUUGGGUCAGAUGAGGCCACCAUCAGCACCACCUCCUCCUCCUCCUCCAAAGUUAGGAACAAAGUCAUCCCCAUCUACUGGUUCUAGAGUGCCUCCAACACCUGCCUUACCAGCUGGACCUCUUUCAUCAGGAAAACGGAGAAUGUUACCCGUAAAUUCAAAGAAUAACACGGCCAAAAAGCUGAAGCCAUACCACUGGUUGAAACUGACGAGAGCUGUCAAUGGGAGCUUAUGGGCUGAAACGCAAAUGUCUAGCGAAGCUUCUAAGGCUCCUGAGAUUGAUAUAACAGAGCUUGAAAGUCUUUUCUCCGCAUCAGCUCCAGAAGAGGCAGGAAAGUCAAAACUAAAUAGCUGUCGUGGACCUAAACCUGAGAAAGUCCAACUGAUUGAACACAGGCGAGCAUACAACUGUGAGAUUAUGCUUUCAAAAGUGAAAGUACCUCUACAGGAUUUGAUGUACUCAGUGCUUAACCUGGAGGAAUCUGCUCUUGAUGCUGACCAGGUUGAGAACCUAAUUAAGUUUUGUCCAACAAGAGAAGAAAUGGAAUUACUAAAGGGUUACAAUGGUGACAAGGACAAGCUUGGAAAGUGCGAACUGUUCUUCUUAGAGAUGAUGAAAGUCCCACGAGUGGAAACAAAGCUAAGGGUGUUCUCUUUCAAAAUUCAGUUUCGUUCUCAGAUUUCUGAACUCAGGAAUAGUCUAAAUGUUGUCAACUCCGCAGCAGAGCAGGUUAAGAAUUCAGAAAAAUUCAAAAGAAUAAUGCAGACAGUUUUGUCCCUCGGAAACGCACUAAACCAAGGGACUGCUAGGGGUGCUGCGGUUGGGUUUAAACUGGAUAGUCUGCCAAAACUCAGUGAAACACGGGCGCGUAAUAACCGUAUGACUCUGAUGCAUUAUCUAUGCAAGAUUCUUGCUGAGAAAAUGCCAGAAGUCUUAGAUUUCGCAAAAGAUUUUUCCUCACUGGAGCCUGCAACAAAGAUUCAACUGAAGUUUUUGGCUGAGGAGAUGCAAGCUAUAAACAAGGGACUAGAGAAAAUCGUACAGGAACUCUCCUUGUCCGAAAGUGAUGGCCCAAUUUCACACAACUUUAACAAGAUAUUGAAGGAGUUCCUUCAUUAUGCGGAAGCAGAAGUAAGGUCCUUGGCUUCACUCUAUUCGGGAGUGGGAAGAAACGUUGAUGGCUUAAUUUUCUACUUUGGUGAAGACCCUACUAAGUGCCCUUUUGAACAAGGGGUGUCGACUCUUCUAAACUUUGUAAGACUGUUCAAUCGUGCUCAUGAAGAAAACGUAAAACAAGUUGAAGCUGAAGCUAAGAAGAAGGCUGAGGAGGAGAAAUUAAAAAUAGGUCGGUUAGAUAAAGAAAGCAGCAAGCCCUUAUCCUUGGAGAAGGAGAAAGCAAAAAUAAGUGGACUAGAUAAAGAAAGCAGCAACCCCUUGUCGUUGGAGGAACAAGAACAAGUUAAGAAGGAGAGAAGAAAGAUAAGUGGAUUAGACCAAGAAAGCAGAAAGCCCUUGUCCUUGGAUGAACACAAUAAGAAGGAGAAAGCAAAGAUAAGUGGAUUAGAUCAAGAAAGCAGGAAGCCCUUGUCCUUGGAUGAACAAGUUAAACAGGAGAAAGCAAAAAUAAAUGGAUUAGAUCAAGAAACGAAGGAGCCACUGAAUGAAAGAACAGCUGCAUGAAUAGCCAGUUCUUCAUAUUUCUUAGAUAACAAAGGAGAGUAAGAGCAGCAAUAGUUUAUCUUCUUUUAACUUGUCACCUAACGGCAAAUUAACUUGUAAAGUAGGGAGGGGAACAUUGUAAUUAUAAAGCAAUAAAACACAAAUACAGCAUACAUGUGAGUUGUAACAUGUGAUUUGAUAAUUAAUGAUGUCUUUUGCAGCUG